AUGGGCGCCUAUCUCUAUGGGCGCCUAUCUCUAUGGGUGCCUAUCUCUUUGGGCGCCUAUCUCUAUGGGCGCCUAUCUCUAGGGGUGCCUAUCUCUAGGGGCGCCUAUCUCUAUGGGCGCCUAUCUCUAUGGGCGCCUAUCUCUACGGGCGCCUAUCUCUAUGGGCGCCUAUCUCUAGGGGCACCUAUCUCUAGUGGCGCCUAUCUCUAUGGGCGCCUAUCUCUAGGGGCGCCUAUCUCUAUGGGCGCCAAUCUCUAUGGGCGCCUAUCUCUAUGGGUGCCUAUCUCUUUGGGCGCCUAUCUCUAUGGGCGCCUAUCUCUAGGGGGGCGCCUAUCUCUAUGUGCGCCUAUCUCUAUGGGCGCCUAUCUCUAUGGGCGCCUAUCCCUAUGGGUGCCUAUCUCUUUGGGCGCCUAUCUCUAUGGGCGCCUAUCUCUAUGGGCGCCUAUCCCUAUGGGUGCCUAUCUCUUUGGGCGCCUAUCUCUAUGGGCGCCUAUCUCUAGGGGCGCCUAUCUCUAUGGGCGCCUAUCUCUAUGGGCGCCUAUCUCUAUGGGCGCCUAUCUCUAUGGGUGCCUAUCUCUUUGGGCGCCUAUCUCUAUGGGCGCCUAUCUCUAG